GCUCUGCGUAGUAAAAAAAAGAAAUCAAUAUGGCGAUAUGCUCGCUUUGAAGUGUUCUAUGUAGCCUGUGAAAAAGAAUUCAAUGAAAUGUCUACUGUCUGAAGUAACCGUUCUUCUAUGAAAAUUAAUAAUUGAUUUCUUGUUAAGAACUAUCGUGUCUCAACGCAGAAUCACAAUACAUUGACCAAGUGACAAAUACAGGGAUAAGCGAUGUCGUGGCGUGGACGUGACGACCGCAAUGACCGGAGUUCGCGGUGGGAGACUCAAGAUCGACCGGACCCGUGGGCGAAGCGAGCACGUUCGCCCGUAUGGGACAUGCGCCGCGAUUCUCCUGACCGUUCACGGGGAUCUCCUCGCCACCACCGCGACCGGUAUGACCGGUACGACCGUACCGGGGACCGUGACCGUGACCGGCGUGAUCGCACCGACCGCGGCGAUCGUUGCGACCGCGGUGACCGUGGGGAUCGUUACGAGCGUGAUGACCGACGCGGACGCUCUCGGGAUCGCCACGAACGUGCGCGUUCGCGCUCACGCUCUCGAUCGCGACGACAUUCGCCGCGCCGACACGAACGUGAACGCGAUUGCGACAUUCCAGCGCCACCUUCUCCGCCUAAGAUCAGUGUACCUGACCCGCCCACUCCACGGUCGCGCAGCCGAUCCGCCAGCCGCGAACUGGACAAUGUCACCUCUACUUAUGACAACAAGGACGAACAAGCUGUCAAUGCCUCUCCGGGAGAUUGGUUUUGUAAAUGUGGCUCAUACAAUUUUAAAAGACGCCAAAUAUGCUAUAGACGUAACUGCAAUGGAAAGAGAUCAGAAGGGACUGUUUAUGGGGCUGAUGCUGAGAGGCAUGGCUUGACAGAAGGCAUGGGUAUCACAAAAAGACUUUUGUUUAGAAGAUUGGAUGCUUUAACAACAGAAGAAAAAAUAUUAGAAGCAUUGAAAGAGAGAUGCUCAAAGGCUGUUUUAGAUUCUAUAGCAGGGAUCACAAUAGGGAGAGAAACUUUGACUGGAGCAUCAAAGUGCCUCGCAUAUAUAAAUUUCAAUUCUAUAGCCGAUUCCACAGCUGCUCAUUCUGAAUUGAUGACUCUUUCACCUCCACUUGAAAUUGAUAGCCGGGAAGUAUUGAUAUCAUUUUACAAUGAGCCCCAGAAGAUUCCUAAACCAGCCCCGAAUCUAGUAGACUAUUCUAGUUAUUAUUCACAAAUGACCACAUACAACAACAGUUCAGCUUUGUCUGAAGCAGAUAGAGUUAAUGCUGCGGCAGCAGUAGCCCAGUCAGCCAUCAAUGCAGCUCAGGCUCGGCAGCUCACAUGGACUCCAGCAGUCCCUACAUUUGUUGUAUCUGCUACACAAGCAGUAAACAAUAUUAAGGCUCCUACAGGUGAUGGAACAACAGUGUAUAAUGCACCUGAUGUUAGAACAUUCAUGUAUGAUGAGACAUCUGGGUACUACUAUGACCCUUCUUCGGGUCUGUACUAUGAUGGCACCACACAGUACUUUUACAAUAGCCAAAUUAAUCAAUAUAUGUAUUGGGAUGCCACUAGUUCUACUUAUAUUGCAGCUACGCAAGCCACACAAAAUACUGACCAACCCAAGCUGCCUAAUCCACCAUCAGUGACAGUAGAUAACAUUAUUACUAAGGAGCCAGAGGAGAAAAAGAAAAAAGACAAAGAAGACAAAGUAAAAGUUGCUAAGAAGAUAGCCAAAGAUAUGGAAAGAUGGGCUCGAACAUUAAACCAAAAGAAAGAAAAUGCAAAGAGUAACUAUGUUAUGGACCAGCCACAAGACACAGGGCCUAGCAAGGGAUCUGCAGACAUUGGCUUUUCAGUGCUUGGAGCCGGGCCCUCAUUAACACAUGUGAGAGAAAUUUCCCCACCACCAACUGUAGUCCCGGCUGCUCCUGAUGAAUUUUUGAUAAAGAGAGUAGCAGAACCGGCAUUUGACAAUGAUGACGGCAUUAUUGACUGGACAAAAUUAACAUGCUUACUGUGUAAAAGAAAGUUCCCUUCUGCAGAGGUUCUUACAAAGCACAAGACUCUUUCAGAUCUACAUAAACAAAAUCUUGCUGCUCACAGGAAACAAUCUGAUUCAGCACCUCAGAUGAAUGGAUAUAGAGAUCGGGCAGCAGAGCGCCGAAUGAAGUUUGGCGAGGAUGAGACACCGGUCAGGAAGAGGUUUGAGCCGCCAGAGCCCAUUCAGCCUCCCAUACAGGCUGCUCCCCCGCCAUCUGUGGUUGAUACCAUUGGAGGUAAAAUGCUUCAGAAGAUGGGUUGGUCAGCUGGAAGAGGUUUAGGCAAAACUGAACAGGGACGGAUAGCACCCAUUGAAGCAGAGCAGAGGCCAAGCUUGGCAGGUCUAGGGCAGAAGAGAGGCAUUUACACACCCACUCCCGGGGAGACAUAUCGCGACACUGUUAAAAAGCUUAUGAUUGCGCGGUAUAAGGAAGUCGUCGGCCAAGAGGAGGGAAAUUAGAUGGCGAGCUGAGCCGUGUGCCGCGCCCGCGCACCGUGAACCGGCGCAGCGCCAGGACCCGCCAAUCCUUGUUUAGAGCAGGUUUAUUUAUUUGUACAACGUUGUACAAUCGUGAUUUAGCUUGGAUACCAGGCUAGCGAGCUGCUGGCUUUUUGGCAGUAGUAUGGCAUCAAUAGUUACGUCAGAGUAGUAUACCGAGCAACCAUAGUAAUUUAAUUACGUUACAAACUUAAUCGUGUUGUAAAAUUUUUGAUAUUAUUCUACUGCCUUCUCAAAAGUAAGGAUAACCUUCGCAAGCAUUAGUAUGAAUGUGAACGCAAUAAUUAUGAGAGUUAUACUUUAUUCCGAUGCAAAUCUUAGUUGAUGUAGAAUCCUAAUAUUAAGCAUACGUUCUAAAUACAUAAAUCAUGAAUUCUUCAUCGGCGGCAGUAGAGUGACAACUAGCGAAGGUUAUCUUUCCGAUUGUUUAUGUGGGACGUAAAGAUAACUCAUAAUUAUGACUUCCAAAUUAUAACUGAACUAUUUUUAUAGCGUCUUAUUAUCAUAAUUAUAAUGUUUGUUAUGUAAAUGUGGAAAUCUGUGUAUGUGAAACGAAUGUUACGAAUACGUGUGUCAUAGAUACUAGUGCAGUUAUAUUUCCCGUUACGUCAAUUUUUAUUAAUUUGUAUACCUCUUAUAAACGGUUUCAAUAGUAAUAGCUAUGUUUUUUUUUAAAUAUUUGACCUUAAUACUCAGUAAACUAGAAGUCAAAGUUGAUACGAAAACAUAUUUUAGAAGUCUUACGUCUUUAUAAUUAAGUAUUUUUACUUAGGUAAGAGUAUACAUAGGUAAAGCCUGAUCAGAAAUAUUAAUAUGACUAUUCAUAUGUCAAGAGGGCUCUGUUAUUCUGAUAUAUGGGGGUGACAGUUCAGUACCUAAUAGUAGAAAAAAAACCAGUUAUUAUUAUUAUGAAAUUCCACAGCACGGCGCGCGAAGUCAUGUUCAUGUAUUUCUGGUGAGACUUUAGUUCUAACAUGUUCUUUGUUAUUAUUCUGAAAAAAUACAUGUACUUUAACUACCUUUACUUUUAAUACAACAGUACCUAAUGCUGGAGUAUUUAGUAUUAACGUAAUAAUUAUUUGUCAUUUCUUAUGUAUUACUAAAGGUUUUCAAGUCUUUAGAUUUACCAAAUACCUAAAUAAUGGUUAUAGAACUAAAUCGGUUAAUGACAGAUUAUUGAACUAUUUAACAAUGUACUUUUUCCCCUCACUAGCUCGGAAACACGUGUUUUGUCCUUUAAUACCAGCGGGUAAAAACGCAUUUUAUCCACUAAUGGGUAAAGUAAUCUGACCUUGAAUAAAGUCAAAUUAACUGCUU